ACGUGCGAGAGAACAUCCUCUCUCUUUUGGUCUCUGUUGAAUUUUCGGCAAAAGGUGUGCGAAAAGAUGUCGAUCGUUUGCUUAUUAGUCACCGGCAUGCUUCUAAGCAUGCUGGCUCACGCGCCUCGCUGUCUGGCUUGUACCGGCAAGAGCAUGAUAAGAACGGGAGUAUCAUGCCAAGAUAAACGAAAUAUUCUCGACGAGCACAACCGUUUGCGACAACUCGUAGCCUUAGGUCAAGUUAAUGGACAACCGUCGGCAAAAAUGAUGAUGGAAAUGGUCUGGGAUGAUGAAUUGGCAGCGAUGGCUCAGCAAUGGGCGGACCGUUGCAGUGAGACACACGACAACGCACGUAAUGUCCAAAGAUUCGCGGUUGGCCAGAAUAUGGCGCGGACUUGGACUACUCGUACCCCUGCCGGACCUUACGAUAUGGAACCUGACUGGAGACAACAGAUCUUCUCUUGGUUCAAUGAGGUGGAACAUUAUCGUACUGGGUUGUUUAGUAAAUUUACCGCUCACUACACUCAAGUAAUUUGGGGAGAUACCUACUUGGUCGGAUGUGGAUUUUCAUAUUAUUAUGAUCCUAUUCGUGGUUACACUAAGAACUACGUGUGCAACUACGGGCCUAGCGGUAAUGUGCUUGGUUACAACCCAUAUUCUUUCGGUUGGCCAGAAUGUAAUACUUACGGUAUGGACUACUCCAACAGAUACUCUGGACUCUGCUCCGAAUUCAGCUACAAUCCAUUGGGAGCAUACUGCGCAUACGGCUAAAUUCAUCACAUAUAGGAAAUAAUACCAUUAUCGUAUUACCAACAAAAUAUCAAAAAAUGAGAAUAAUCUUUUCUGCUUCGAACCAAAGGGUACAUUUUUUUCGAAAAAAAACGUUUCAUUGAUUUUGAAUUAUUAUUCACGUCUAAAAAUAAUUGAUAAGUUCAAUUCUUAUUUGUAUUAAUUUUGAUGAAACUUCUCGAUGGAAAAGAGAAAUAUAGUAGGAUUUUUUUCGCAGUGUAAUUAAAAGAGGCUAGAUCGGAUUAAAGCCCAAAAAAGUUAGCCAGAUAAUUUACUUUUAAAUUUUAUUGUUGAAACUUACAAAAAAUGAUGACUUUUUUUAUGAAAAGAAAUGAGAAUUGAAGAAUGACGAUUGGUUAUUUAAUUCUUAGUUAUAGCAGGUUUUUCAGAAUACUAGUAUUUUUACGUUUUCUGAAAUUUGUUGACGUUGGGAUACUUUUAUACCUAUCUUUAGACAAAUUAUACAAUCGCGAAAAAAAGCUUCUAGUCUCUAGUUUAUAAAUAGUUUACUUGUGUAUGUUUUGUAUUCCAUAUUGAUAAGCUACGAAUUUUUAAAGUUGAAAACGAUUUGUAAUUUGGAUCAAAAAAAAACUUUUUUUAAUAUUACUCUCAUUAGU